CUGAUAAACGACACUAACUACAACAUAGACAAGUAAACACACAGUCUGAAAUAAAUCGCAUUUGUCAUGUAACGUUAGUCGGUAAUUUGCAGGUUUUUCAGCAAUGCAGUCGUUUAUUUUUGAGCUGUGACAUCCAGUAAGUUGCGGUGAAUGGUAGUGUGUAAGAGCUCUUUGCUUUCAGGCUCUCUGGUGAGAGUCAGCCAACAUGGCGACCAUGUAAAGCAAACGGUUUGUUUACAGUGCCAACAAAAUGAGAACAAAUUCGGUAUGUGCAGAGGUGAGAUAAUGGACCCCUCAAGGAAAACUGUUCUGGGACUUUAACAAAAAAAUAAACCUACAGCAGUCUCCAGCUGUUGACAGUUCAUCAACAGUUGUACCUUACUUUCAGCACUGCUUGUGUGCACCAGUCUAUUGUCAUUUUAGUAUUUUCUGAGAGCCAGUAGUGUGUUCAGAGAGCAUGGACGUGGACAUGCAAUCCUUAGGAUGAAUCCAGGUCUCCCGUUGCUGCAUGGGAUUGCGACGAACGUAUUUGGUUUGGCCAAUCCUGUUGCUACUCCUGGUCGGUGCAGCCUUGACAGCUCUGCUGCCCCCCGCUGAGGACCAAGAAGGCGUUGGUGUCCUGGGAGUGCUACGGCGGGCAACAUCUCCAAAGGAGAAUCCUGCACAGGGCCGCCAUGGUGACAGUGCAGAGGAGGAGCAGAGGUUUACCAUCAUCAUCCAAACUUACAACCGCACAGACAUUUUACUCAAACUCCUAAACCAUUACCAGGCAGUGCCUCAUCUUCGGCGAAUUGUCAUAGUCUGGAACAACAUUGGGGAGCACACACCCCUGAAGUUAUGGAACUCUUUGGGGCCUCAUCCAGUCCCCGUGGCCUUCAAGGAGCAGACUAGCAAUCGAAUGCGCAACAGACUUCAACCAUUCCCUGAGAUAGAUACAGAUGCUGUGCUGAUGCUGGAUGACGACACCCUGGUCAGUGUUCCUGAUAUCAGUUUUGCUUUCUCCGUCUGGAAGCAAUUUCCAGACCAGAUUGUUGGAUUUGUCCCACGGAAACACGUCUCAACACCAGGAGGAGUGUACAGUUACGGCAGCUUUGAACUGCAGGACCCAGAAACAGCUGGAGGUGACAAAUACUCCAUGGUGUUAAUUGGUGCUGCCUUCUUCCACCGCCGCUACCUGCAGCUCUUCCAGGACCAGCCUCAGGCAGUGCACGCGCUGGUGGAUGAAACGCAGAAUUGUGACGACAUUGCAAUGAACUUUGCUGUAGCGCUGCACAUGAGGAAACACUCAAAGUCUAGAGGCAGCAUUAACAAACCCUCUGGGGUCUUUGUCAAACCUGUGGACCUCCGCAACCUGGAAAAGGAUGCCAGCAGCGGGUACCAGGGUAUGUGGCAUCGUCCUGAACACCUUCUUCAAAGAUCCUACUGUUUGAACAAGUUGACACAGAUCUAUGGCUUCAUGCCACUGUGCUUCUCCAACCUGAUGGUCUCCCAGUUUGGCUUCCCCAGCUAUGCCAACCACAAGAGUAGAGGCUGAGGGACUGCCACAUCGGUCCCUCAGCUUUAUUAGAUUGAAAGAAGACAGACUCAAGUAGCAGUGCGAUAAGUCUGUGUUUGAUUAACAGUCUGUCUUGGCUUGGGAUUAGGUUGAGAACUUGAUAUUCUCAUGUUCAUGUGAUCUGUGACUAGAAACCAUCAUUUACCUAAUCAGCAGGACUAUGAUGAUAUUUCUUCCUCUGGACAGCAGCAAUGAUUGUUAAAGAACUUUCUACACAUGGCCCAGUCGGAUUAAACUUUCCUUCAGUGCGUUCUAACCUGAGUGGAUUGAAGUGCAGCUAUUUUAUAGUCAGCAGGUGUCUGCUUUGAUGAUGUGCCUUGUUCGUAAAACAUAAUUUACAACACUGGUGUCAUGUGUCAUUCAAGUUUUCUUUUUCACUAUUUGUAAUUGUGUAUGCGUUCCAGGUGAGCUUGUGUACAAUCCCUAUAAAAUAAAUGUUAAGAUAUCCGCAUGCAGUAGUUUUUGGCCCCCCCAAAAAAUCCCCACCUAAGUGUGUAUCGGAGAAUAAAAUACAAGUAAUGCAAGUAUUAUGUGCCUUUCAAUGUAAUCUAUAUGUACAGUACUAUGCAUGUGUGGACAAUCAUGAUGGGUUUUUUUAUGUGUGCACAUUUUUCAGGUUUGUAGGACUGUCUCAUGUGAUUCAGUUAAAUAAAGAACAAACACUUUUUCUCUGGACAAAA